AUGCGUAUCGCUCGCUGGCUAUUGGGUAGAGGCCCUGAGCACAGUGGCCUCAUCAUCGGCAAUGAUGCGUCUGGAAAGACCACCAUGCUCUACAAGCUGAAGCUGGGAGAGAUAGUCACGACAAUUCCCACCAUCGGCUUCAACGUGGAGACACUCGAGUAUCCAGAUGGCGGGAAAAUUACCCUCUGGGACGUCGGAGGAUGCGACAAGAUCAGACCUCUCAUCCGACAUUACAUGCAGCCAGAUCGCUUCCUAAUUUUUAUUCAGAGUUGCGGCGAUUUGGAUCCCGACAGGAUCGAAUUCUCUCUUGAGUAUCUCCGCAUGGGCUUGGCCAUGAUGGCAGACCAAGGCUGCCGACACAUGUUUAUCCUCUUCAACAAGCAAGACCUCCUCCCGCCCAACGAGAGAGAUUCCAUCAUUAAAGGCAUAAGAGCCCAGAUUGAGACAGAGAUUGCUCCUUAUCUUGGGAACCACGACAUCAGGAUCUUGGAUUAUCCUGGUUUGUGCGCGACGUCUGGUGAACAGCUUUAUCCUGCUAUGGAGGAGAUUAGACAGACGAUUCAACAGAUCAAGAAGCCGGCUCAACCAGACACAAAGGCUCAAGUAGCAGAGUUGGAAAAGGGUCCCAGCGACACUGAACUCAUUGAGCGCGUAAAAAAGGCCAAUGCGGACGCUGUUGAUGCCGAGAGCUUCUGGACGUCAUUCAUGGACGGCAGUCUGGACUCGUGGGAUCACUACACUCAUCUAAGAACCGGCUUCUUCGUGUUGCAUGAUUGCUUCGCCAGAGGAUUCGGCCUUUUGGAGUGUGCCGAUGAGUUUAUGGCUCAUCUCAAUCGUCUCAGACAGGGAAACCCAGAGCGAUUCCGCAACACUGCGCACAAGACCAUGACUAUCUUUUGGCUUCAUCAGAUUCAGAUCGCUGCUGUCAACUACCAAGCCAACAAUGGACAAGACAAGUUCCCAGACAGAGGUGAAUAUGCAGAAAUCGCUCUUUCGGCGCCGUGGCUUAUGAACUCUGGUCUUUGGAGGUCGUACUACUCCAAGGAUAUGCUGUUCACGCCCGAAGCUCGAGAGAAUUGGCAUCUCCCGGAUCUGCAACCUCUUCCGACCCCCACUCAAGCCAAGGUAGAGGAGGAACAGCCGAACACCCAGCGUCCUGGGAAUGAUGUGGAUAGACUGCCCCGUUUUGCAUUCUCGGUUGUGCAAAAGACGCUCACGUCUAAGCUCAGACGCGGAGGAGUCGUGAAGCAAGCACUAGAGGCUUUGCAGUCGUCUACAAUCCGCCUUCGCGCAUCUGAUUCGUCUGUGUUGCCAUACUCGGAGACCCAGGCGUAUUUCUGGAUCCAGAUUGUCCACGCGUAUUUACGAUCCUUGGAAACUGAGCCAUCCAAGGCGUCAAAGGGUACACAAUUUGAGGGAUCGGUCACGACGCUCACUUUUGGGGCAUUCAAGGCUCUCUUUGACAUUACUGGAGACGAGUGGCGCCAGUACUACUCGCCUUCUGUAUGGCAAGGCAUUCCCGCGAGGAUGAGCUUUGUGAACCCCGACAAGAAAGCUCUUCCCAACGUCUUUGGCAUGCCUUCCAAGGCAAAGAUUGACCUCGCCCGGUCGCAGAUGGUCAACGCAGUCAGCCGUCGUUUCACUAAGCCCUCAGGCCUACCUCCACGCGAGGACCUCGACUUUUGGGCUGCGGUUCUUAUUGAUGAGGCAAAGCUCAUACCUGAAGAGGAACUCAUUGUUGAGAGCCAUGCCAGCCUGUUACGCUUCCUCUACCAACGACUGAGCAAGCCAUCUGAGGAAAAGAGCUCUACGGCCGCGGCGCGGACGGCGUUGGAGCUUUCUUCAAGCAUGGGCUCUACACAGAGCAUGUUUUGGGUACAGCAGGUUCAGCUCUGUCUUGCUAGUGGAAAGAUGGCGUCGACAUUUGAAGAGUUUGUUACGGCGAAUGCGCAUCUGGCGUAUGAGGAUCUGCCUUUGGUGUAUUACUCGCCUCAGCUGUGGCAGAGCGCUGAGGUGAAGGAGGUUUACGUUCCGCCGGAUCGUCAUUCGCUUUCGAGUAUUGUAUCUAGUGGGAAAUGA